AUGCUGAAGGCAUGGUCGCGGCUGGGGUUCCAGAGGCAGAUGCUGAAGGUGUUGCUCUCCUGGCAGAUAUGGUGGGGGCGAAUGGAAGCGAGCCGUUGUCCGAUCCCUUGUCCCUCCUGCGCUUCUACAACUGCCGUUCAAAAGACGUUGGCGCGGCAGCCAAAAUGUAUCGAGAAACUAAUGCUUGGCGAGCUGAAUUUGAUAUUCAAGGCAUCAUGGCUGGUUACAGCAGCUUUGAGAAAUACACUAGAGAUGGCGCGCGCAUCAAUGACGUCAGGUAUUGGAAUUGGCAGCAACAUCCAGUUUCGGCUGAAGCGCAGCUUGCCAAUCGUUUCGCAAUCUUCAAGCGUUUGA